AUGUCGGCACUCAGCAGUGAGAAACACUUACUGCAUACUACAGACUACAAUACUAGUUUCAAUACGAAUUUGUAUCUCAAAGGCGUCUAUUCCGGUGUUGAUAUUGAUCCAAAUAAAACGCCAUUUGCGGCUUUUUUCCUUGAGAAUACCGUUCAAAUUUUGCACGAUGAACAAAAACGUUUAGGCAAUGAGAAAGCACUCGAGUUCGGUGGUGGACCAAGUCUAUGGCCGUCAUUUCUUCUCGCUCAAUAUGUUGAUUCGAUUCGAUUUUGUUACUAUACACAAGCCAAUCUCGAUGUUGUCACCGAUUGGAUUGAAAAGAAACCGAAUGCUUUUGAUUGGACGAGAUUUUUCGAAUGGGUUCUUGAUAUUGUUGGAAAUCCAAAAGAAAAGCGUAUCGAAUGGGAAUCACGACUUCGAAAUGCUCUGAAUCAAGGCGGUUUGUCGACAUGCAAUGUUAACGACCCCCAUUGUCCAAUAUUGAGUGGAAAAGCCAAUGAUUAUGACAUUAUCUUUAGUAGUCUUUGCUUGGAAGCUGCCUGUUUAACGAUUGAAAUUUUCGAUGAAACAAUAAAACGACUUGUUCGUCUACUGAAACCAGGUGGUCUACUUUUACUUGCCAUGGUUCGAAAUAAUUCAUAUUAUUAUGUCAAUGGAGAAAAAUUUUUCUGCUUACCACUUGACGAAAAAAAAGUCGAAAAGGCUUUGCGUGCCACGGGCGAACUUGUUGAUAUUCAUAUUGAUAGUUGGAAUGCGACAAUUGAUGAUAAACAACGCAAUACAAUAUCCGAAUUGGAUGGAAAAAUGGUAAUACGCGCACACAAAACUAUUUAA